AUGAUCAUCACCCUCUCAGCAUUCACAGCGCCGUUUGCCUCCUGCAUUCUUUUUCCAUCCUUCACCACCCUAGUGGACCAUUUCCAUACAACAGAGCCCAAAGUAGCUCUAACUACAACAGUCUUCCUCAUUGGUUUAGCCAUUGCGCCUUUAUGGUGGAGCUCGUUGAGCCAAGAAUAUGGACGUCGACCAGUUCUGGUUUUCAGCUUCCUCAUUUCAGCCAUUGCUGUCAUUAUCUGCGCAGUGUCAAAUUCACUGCCUCUGAUCACUGUCUUUCGAUUGAUCGAGGCGCUGGGAUGCUCAUCUGCUCAAAGUGUCGGGGCCGGUGUCAUCAGCGACAUCUAUAUCUCAACCGACCGUGGAUCUGCCUUAGGAUGGUUCUACCUCGGCACUCUAAUCGGGCCUCUAGUUGCCCCGAUUGUAGGAGGCGCUCUUCAAAUAUGGCUUGGAUGGCGAUCAAACUUAUAUUUCAUGGCUAUAUUCACAUUCUCCAUGGCGAUACUCAUCUUGUUGGCUUUGCCCGAGACCUUGGUGAAGACACCCACCGAAAAAAGUGCCGAACCAUCGCUAUCCUGGCCUGAAAAGGUUCAACGCGAUGUUGUUGCCCCAUUACCUAAACUCAAACUCCUCCUUGUUCCAUCGAUCGCACUAUCUGUAUGCUAUGUCAGCAUUUGCUUUGCAAGUCUGUACUGCUUCAACACCACUCUCCCAUACGCAUACUCCGCGCCUCCAUAUAACUUCUCCUCCAUUGAAGUUGGCCUUUGCUAUAUCAGCAAUUGUCUUGGUUAUGCAAUUGGCAGCGUUGCAGGUGGUCAGCUCAGCGAUGCGAAGUUGCGCAAGUACCAGCUUACCCAUGACGGAGAGGUCAACCCCGUGGAAAGACUCAAGACCGUGUGGUAUGGAGUUGGUUUUGUCCCGGUUGGCCUUCUCCUCUAUGGCUGGUUGGUUGAAUACCAACUUUUCUGGUUUGCACCCUUAGUAGGAGCGUUCCUCUUUGGGUUGGGACUCAUGCUUAUCACUUCAACAAUCAUGCCCUUCCUUGUUGAUGUCAGGCCUGGGGUGGGCGCUUCUGUCGUGGCUGAUUUGAACUUAGUUCGAAAUAUACUUGCGGCUAUUGGCACUAUUGUCUCGCCUAUUGCAGUGGCAAGCAUCGGGUAUGGGUGGUGGAUGACAAUUCUGGCAAUUUUUUGCUCCUUGGGAGUUACCUGUAUGGUUGUAGUUGUUUGGAGAGAGAGGGCCAUGAAGAGGGAACGUUCUCCAGAAAUACUGGCGUAG